UUAAUCUCAUAGUUACCCUUACCUCGGCCUUUGAAUAUAUAUUAUCUUCUUGGGCCAUGCAGCUGGCAGCAUGACUGCUAGACUUAGGUACUGUCACAGAUUCUGCGGUACUGUCACUAUCUAGUUUCAUCCAUUGAAUUUAAAAAAAAAACUUCUCGCCAAGUCCUGGUAGUCCAAGUUGUGAUAUCAAAAAUUAUAUUACAUCGUUUGAUGUUUAUGCAUUUUGAGUCCUUAGUUGUUGAGGUUUUCGUAGACGGUACGAAUUAUCAACUGUUAAAAAUGUUUGACCAUAAUAUUUUUUUUCCAACGCAAUUUAAAUCGUUUUAACAGUUUCUUGUUUACAGUUAUUGAUUUACGUGAAAUCUAUUACAAAAAUAUUUCGUACUGGUUCAUAAUAUUGUUAUUUUAGAAGAUACAUUAAGUGUUUGCCUCCAAUGGUUGAUUACAGUAAAUGGAAAAAUAUUGAAGUAUCAGAUGAUGAAGAUGAGACGCAUCCAAAUAUUGAUACGCCAUCAUUAUUUCGCUGGAGGCAUCAAGCUCGUGUUGAGCGCAUGGAACAAAUUAAACGUGAACAAGAUGAAUUAGAGGCUAAAAAAAAAAAUUUUCAAGUAAAGGUUGAAGAGACCAAGAAAAAAAUAUCGGAAGCUGAACGUGAAGGUCUAAAUAAAAAUGACCUCGAGCAAGCAUUAAAUGCAUUAACAGUCGAAGAACAAGAAUUAAAUCAAAAGGAAGAUGAGUUUAAAAAAAAAGAAAAGGUAAUGCCUUGGAAUGUGGAUACAAUAAGUAAACCAGGAUUUACAAAAACAAUAGUAAAUGCUCUUAAGCAACCACAGCCAGAAGAAAACUUAACAGAAGAAGAAAAAGCAAAGAGAUUAGAAACAUUUAUCAAGGAAUAUAAAAGCAAAUUACAAGAAUAUGGCAUGUUUAAAAAGUACAAAGAUAGUCAAGAAUAUUUACAAAAAAAUCCUCAGCUUGUGUGUGAAAACACUGCAAACUAUUUAGUUAUUUGGUGUAUUGAUUUACAAAUGGAAGGUAAAUCAGAUCUAAUGGAUCAUGUAGCACAUCAAACCAUUUGUAUGCAGUAUAUUUUAGAAUUAUCUCGACAACUUAAUAUUGAUCCAAGAGCUUGUGUUCCAUCAUUUUUUUCAAGAAUACAGUUAGCAGAGAAACAGUAUAAAGAUUCGUUUGAUGAAGAGCUGUCAAUGUUCAAAGAACGUAUAAGAAAGCGAUCCGAGGAAAAACUGCGUAUUGCGCAAGCUGAAAUUGAAGAGGAAGAACGAAAAGCUAGACUUGGGCCGGGGGGAUUAGAUCCAGUUGAAGUUUUUGAACUUCUACCAGAUGAAUUGAAAAAAUGUUUUGAAUCACAAAACGUACAGCUCUUACAAGAUACAAUAAAAAAUAUGAACCAAGCAGAUGCAGCUUAUUAUAUGAAGCAGUGUGUGGAUUCUGGGCUAUGGGUGCCAGAUGCAAAAGAUAAAAAUGAACCUGAGGAAAGUGAUAAAAGUACUCAAGAAGAAAAUAUAUACAAUGAAAUUGAUUAACAAUUAAACAUAAUUAUUCUAGUUUUUUAUUUAUUGAUUAAUUUUUAUUGGUUUUAAUCAAAAUUUGUUUUCAAUAUCUAUAUCUAUUUUAUGUAUUAAAUAAAAUUGCAUAUUAUAUCAGCUAUUCAAAAUACCACAUUCAUGUUUCAUAAUAUAAUAAUAAUUAUUCUUU